UACAGAGAAAAUAGGUAUUGUGUUGUAUAAUAUAGUUGUAAUUUACGAAUAUAGCUUUAAUAUAUUUUAGCGUUGAGUUAAUUUACAAUGCAGCAUUGAUUACCGACAACAAAUCUAAGCGGAUGUUCGUUCCGGGUCUUCCUGUUUUGACUGCUGCAAUGGUACCUUUCACAGUUAGUUAGCCUGAUCUUUAGUAUGGAGGAAGACGAAAUAAGAUUAGCAGAUAGGGAAAGGACGACCAAAGAGAUUUGCUAGGUAAGAUUUAGAAUUGGGUCAGACAUGGACAUGGGUACUACAGCUGGGGUUCGGCGUAUUUCGACCGAAAACGAAGAAAAGGAACCCCAACAACAAAACGCUUGCAUUAGCACAACUGAAUACUGCGCAAAGUUGCAAGAAUGGAUGUGGCACUACUACUGGGGGUAUGCAAACUGGCAAAGCUGGAUGGCUCUGUCUGCGUUUCCAUUUCCACCACCUUGCAGUAUCCCAUUCCCAGGCAACCAACCUGCCGGACAAACGGCUUUCGACGGCCGGAACUUGUACCCCAACUAUCCCUACCCUUUCAGUUUCCCCGCACCAGGCACAGGGGUCCAGCCGGACCUAGGAACCCCGACGCCGCCUAAUGAUGCAAGGCCAGUGCAACAGCAGCAGGAUGGGAACGCACCCCAAGCAGGUCGGGAGUACAUGAUACCCACUCCCCUUCACAGAUUCCUGGCAGAGAUGGUGGACUUCUUCAUACUGUUCUGUGUGAAGGCCACCAUAGUCCUGUGGAUCAUGCACCUCAGUGGAAUGAAGGACAUCGCCAAGUUUAUCACCCACUUCAUCGUGGAAGAGAUCGACGAGAACACGUCCAUGGAAGACCUCCAGAAGAUGAUGGCGGUAGCCCUGGUCUAUAGAAUACUGGUGUGUUUUUAUGAGAUCAUCUGCAUCUGGGGAGCGGGCGGGGCCACGCCAGGGAAGUUCCUCCUGGGCUUACGAGUGGUCACCUGCGACACCUCGGUCCUGGUGCGACCCAACCGGGUUCUGGUAGUCCCCGCCUCAAACGUCACACUCUCUGCGUCCACGGUGCGAGCUCUCAACAAGAACUUCUCCAUCGCCUUUCUGUUCCCCGUCUUCAUCACCCUGCUCUUCUUCCAGCACAACAGGACUGUGUACGACAUUGUGGCUGGAACAAUUGUUGUCCAGCGCAGGGGAGCCAGAUAAUAGUGCCGAACUCUCAUUUCUACAAAACCUGCCUGCAAAAUAAUCACCAUAUGGGAUGUUUCCCCUCAUUUGAAUACCUUCUUUUUUUUUGUCACAAAGUGCUAUACAGAGCCAAAAUGACACUUCGUCGAGGCGCAUGCAGAUGCACCGCAACAAAGACAACAGUCCAAGUAGAUGUAACAGGAAGAGGAAACUUGACCGGGUCUAGCCUAUCCCCCGCGAUCUGCAGAAAUUAGAGUUGUUUCUCGAAGUUUGUUUGGGAUUCAACCCUAGUUGUCCAGAACUGGGCUUCUGGGCUUCAUCAGAUACAGGCUUGGAUUGAAAACCCACUCAGGAGGGAGCAGACCGGCAGUGUCGGGGAAACGUCUGAUGGUUGUUGGUUUCAAACUCUUAUACUCAGAAAACGUGUUCUGAAUUUGAAUAUGGAGUAGAGAACACAGAAGAUUGUUUUAACCACAGUAACUUGCAAAGUAUUGUGUUCUGGAUGUUGUCAAGUUUUUAAGGUCGUCACUCAGUCAUUGUUGCUGAAGAGUUUAAUAAUUGAGUUGUAACGUUUAACUAGAUAUUGUGCAAAAGAAGCUUUAUUUAUGGGGUGUUUUGGUUUCAGGUUGAUGAUGUUGUGAAAUUGUAUAUUUUGCUAUUUUCCUUUUUUGGGGGUUAAGUUGAUCACUGAACACUGCAAAGACUGCAAAUGUUCUAUUCUAUGUGCCUCUACAGGACAAGAUUGUCUAUCGUAUACUAUGUUUGUUUGUUUGACUUUUACUGGUGCAGUGAUCAUACGACACGUCAUCCUGUCAUCCGCCGAUUCUGUCAGGAGAACGGCCAUACCAUUUCACGUAGAGUGUAGUAAUCGACACACAUGAUCUCUCUCUGUCCUUGUUACUCACGGUGUAGGACACUACAGCAUACCCUCCAGUGCAUGAUUGUAAUGAACAAAUUCUAGAACACACUCAUAGUCCUUGAUGUUCUGGGGAUGUCCAGAGCUCAAGGUGUUGUCUUUUGUUAAGGUCUAGUGUCAAAUUUCUGUAUUCUCCAGUUUGGGCCUCUCAGUAUUAUAUAUAUUUUCUGAAUAUUCCAACAUUUUGAUUUUAGCUAAAUACACUGAGACUAAAUAUACUGAGACACUGCUGUUGAGGACAAUUUAGUUUUGGGGAUUUAUUUAAAGAUGCACAUAAAAUGUGAAUGACAUUGAAACCUGAACAUUUGUAUCUGAUUUAAGAAUAUACAAUAGACAAUGUCUCAACUGAUCGUAAUGAAGACAUGAGCCCCAAUCCCUCUAUAGUCUUCCUAGAACAGCAUGUCCAGAAGUUGUACUUUAUGUGAUAUUUUGGGAUUCGAAAGCACUUAACUCUGGAUGUUUUGAUGUAGUUGAUCUAGUUGGUCUGUUUUGGAGAAGGUACUACAUUUGCCCACAUGGGGGCGAAGGUAGCAAACGAAUGUAUGAGGCUUUUGAAUAAAGUAACUAAAAGGUUUGCGAAUG